GCUUGGCAAGUCGCCUGCUGGGAUGUUCCAUCCUGCUGAUGCAUGCUGUAGGGGCUGCUGCUCCAUCCAGGCUCUGUGUGGUAUGCUGCAGUACGGGGGCAGAGGAACAGCACACGGAACAAACGCUUGUGUGUGAUACUCACUACUGGCCUCUCUUGGGGUAUAAUGGAUUAGUUUAAACCUGCUCAUUCAUCCUGCAGGAGAGUGCUGGAGAAGACGACAGCCAGUACCGUCCUCCCUGGAGAUGGGCAGCAUCAGCCUCUGCUAGGUGCAGCUGCCUGUCAGCUGGAAGAAGGGAGCUCCACUGGGGUGCUGGCUGUGUGUGAGUGCAGCAGGGAGCGGCUGGGACAUCAGGACCUCUGCAGAGAGGGCUGAAUUAGGACUUGCUGCUUGCAGGGCUGGUGUUCAAAGGGAUUGUCUGUGUUCUGAUCCCUGACUGGAGCCUAGCAGGUGUGCUGGGACUCUGCACCGUCUCGCUGUGUGUGGGGCACAGGAGGGACUAGGUGGUGCCUGUGAUGGGGUGUUUAUGAGGAUUCAGGCUUCUGCCAUGCACCCAACAGGGACCCCGGAUGGUGGCUUUUCUCGGUGUGCUGUGCAAACGCUUUCUCGCAGCCACUGCCGGAACAUCAAACAGAAGAUCUCUCAGUGGGAGGGGAGGACUAGAGGGGGCUGCAGCGAGGACAGACAGCCGAAGGACUUUGGGGUACAGUACGACCAUGGCUGUGAGGCUCUGCCAAAGGCCAAGCCAUGGGACUGUGGGAAUGACGGAAAGGCAGGGCUUGUAAACUCAAAGAGCUUGGGCCUGGACUUCAGGGAAAAGGGCAGGAACCAUUCUCAGAACAAGGGUGAUAGCGAGAGAGAUGGUGAUUGUGGUACCUCAGAGAUCCUCAGGCCCAAAGUGCGCACGUGCUGCCCGAUUUCCGAGGCUGAGGAGAACGGACACUGGGGGGGAGGCAUCCUGGACCCAGAGCAGACACUACCACCAGGGAACUUCUACACCUCACGAGGGCUGUGGAAGAACAUAGCAGCUAUUCCUCCUGACAAGGUCCUAGCGAUGGCAUUGGAGCUGAAAAGAAAAAGAGAGAGCUGUGGCUUGACAGAGCGAGAACUACAUGCUGGGGGAGUGGAGCCCCGCAAUGUGAUGGAGAGGAACUUUGACAACAUUUAUUCAGAGGCUGAGGGACAGGAGACAAGGCCUGCUGCCAUCCCUCCCCCAAAGCCCCGCAGGACUUUCCGCUAUCUGUCAGAAAGGGAUCAAACCAGCUGCAGUAGAGAAAAGCUACUGGAAGACCAGUAUAAGGAUUCCCCAGCAGGCUCCUCCCAUGAGCCCGAGCAGAGAGAGGCAAACAGGAAAAUCAGAGGGAGAUCCAAGAGGAAAUCCUUUGAGUUUGAAGACAUCCAGGGCUUCCGCAGUCGGAUGGCAGCCACCAGCUCCCAGAAGCUCCAUGAGGAGCUGAAUAGCAGCUCAGGAUCUAGACUCUACUACACGCAGUCAGAGGACAACAUCUACGAGGACAUUAUCUAUCCUGCUAAGGAGAAUCUGUAUGAAGAUAUCAAAGUGUUGCCUUUACCACUGUGGAGGGUCCCGUCAGCCUGGAAGUUACCACCCCCAAAGAAUGCCUUCAAGCCUCCCAAGCUCCCUCCCAAGCCUGCCUUCCUCCAUCGCAAGACACUGGAGCUGAAAGCUGCCCGUGCAUGCCUGCGUGGGAAGGACACGACCCUGCCCGUUACGUUGACAGAGUGGAAGUUGUUCCGAGCAGGGGAGUCUGCUGGUAGGAAAAGGAAGAACCUUCCCCGGCUUGUGUUAAAAAUACAGGAGAUCUUUGAGUCUAAACGUGGGAAGAAGAGGGUGAAGUUACUCGCUUACACAGGGAAAGAAGCUCCACCAGCAAAAGGUGAAACCAGCGGGAAUGAAAGUGAGACGGAGAAUCUGCCGAAAAGUCACCACAAACGCCUGCUGCAAGUACAGUUGACCUCCAAGAGGAACCCGCACUAUCAGACCCUGGAGCGGGAUCUGAUUGAAUUCCAGGAGCAGCAGCUGUUUGAGCUUUUUGUGGUGGUGUCCCUGCAGAAGAAGCAGUCAGAGAUGACGUACACCCCGCAGGUCAUACAGCAGUUCCCCAGCAAGCCCGAGCAUCCCUUCAGGCAGUCAAAGGAUACCGAGGAGAGGCUAAAGGUCAUCCCCAAGUUCUGCUUUCCAGAUCCUAAAGCCUGGUUUCCAACAUCAGAGCUCAAAAGUGAAACCUUUUCCUUCGUGCUGACAGGCGAGGAUGGCAGCCGCUGGUUCGGUUACUGCAAGAAGCUCUUGCCAGAAGGGAAAGGGAAACGGCUCCCAGAGGUGUACUGCAUGGUGAGCCGUCUAGGCUGCUUCAACCUCUUCUCCAAGAUUCUGGAUGAGGUAGAGAAGAGACGAGAGAUGUCCCCAGCCUUGGUGCACCCGUUCAUGCGCAGUGUCAUGGAGGCCCCUUUCCCUGCUCCUGGACGCACAAUUACUGUGAAGAGCUUCCUGCCAGGAGCAGGAAAUGAGGUCAUUGAACUCUGCCGUCCAUUGGAUUCCCGGCUGGAACACGUGGAUUUCGAGCGCUUGUUUAAGUGCCUUAGCGUCUGCCAUCUGAUCCGGGUGUGUGCCUCUCUCCUGCUGGAAAGGAGGGUGAUCUUUGUUGCGGACAAUCUGAGCACCUUGUCUAAAUGUGGCCAUGCUGUGGUAGCAACACUUUACCCCUUCACUUGGCAACACACCUACAUUCCUGUUCUACCAGCAUCCAUGAUUGAUAUUGUCUGCUCUCCAACCCCAUUCCUUAUUGGCAUUCUUUCUUGCUCCUUACCGCAGCUCCAGGAUCUGCCCAUAGAAGAGGUACUGAUUGUUGAUCUUUGUGCUGACAGCUUUCUGCAACAGAGGGAGAUGGUACUGGCCUGCAAGUUCCAGAGUUUGGAUGGCAUACGUGAUCCUCAAUCAACGUACUACUUACUUGGCUUAUGCUUAGGGCUGGCCCAGAUAUCUGUGUCAGACGAGGAUGAGAUCCUACCUCAUAAACUCCAGGCCGCACUUGUACAGAUUUUGGAGGAACGAAAUGAAAUUUUGUCCCAGGAGCAGAUUUACGCACAAGGUGAUGUAACUCUGAACUCUCUGGUCUCUGAGGCCUUUGUACAGUUCUUUGUGGAGAUUGUAGGACAUUACUCCUUGCACAUGAAUGUCACAGAGAAGGGAGAGCGGGUGUUCCAGCGAGAGCCAUUCCGAAAGUCCCACACCUCCCGCAAUGUGCGCCAUUUCCUGGACCUGUUCAUGGAAACACAGAUGUUUGCAGGAUUCAUACAGGAUCGGGAACUCCGUAAGAGUGGGGUCAAAGGCCUGUUUGAGGUCCGUGCCUUGGAGUAUUUGGAGACCAUUCCGGAGACAGAACCAAGCGGAAUGAACAAAAUUCUUCGCAGUCUGGGGAGUAAAAUGAAAUUUCUUCAAAGGAAGUGAAAACACAGGUGCUGAAACACUGAAGAGGGAUGUAGUCAUCACUGGGACACAAAGAGGAGUUUUUGCAUACAAAUGCUGCCGCCUUGUCUGACGCACAAUUUGGACAUACUUACUGAGAUGCAGCUUAGUCCAUGGAAACUCAAAUACUGGAAGAAAAUGGAUACACAAAAAUUAGUACAAUCCAUCAACUUCCUAUCCCUGAUUUCACUGGAGUGUUGUGGAGGCAACUGGAAAUGGAUGCAGCUGGAGAACUUGAUGCUGGAGAUGCUAAUCACCUCAUCCCCACUGACAGGGAAUUUAAAAGGGAGCUUUCUCUCUUUGUGAAGCUUCAGACUCCAUAUUUUUGCUGCUUGGCCUGAUGAGCCAUUCUUUAGGAAAAGUUUUUUGUUUGGUUAAUACCAAUUCAGCAUUUAAGGACUAAGCUAGUGUAAUCAUGCGACAGAGCUGUUGGUCAUGCUGGGUCCAGGGAAUGGGCUAUGCAAAUACUGGCAUACACAGAGGGUUCACAGGGCUGCCUCAGGAGCUGGAAAGAUUGCUCUGGCUGCUGUUCAGUUCCCUUUUGCCGUCUCUCCUUCAAGUGCACUGCCAUAUCCAUGGUGUAUGGUUUUGAUAGCACCUAGCCAUAUUCUUUGUUGGUGGGUCUGAACUCAGAAAUAGCUUUCUCAUUCACUUUAAUUUGUAUUUUCCAGCUGUUUAUCACAAAGCUUUACAUUUUUGAAAAUCUCAGCUUAUUUUCUGCUGAUUUGUCCUAUAUUCUGAUUUCACACUGCCCACUGCUCCUCACCCUGCACAGACACAUGGAAUAUGCUUGUCCUAUACCUUACAUACACUUACUGCUAUAAGUUUGGUCUGGGUGACUUCCACAAAACAGAACUGCAAUUUUUUGUGAUAAAAUGGCAUCUCUGCAUAGGUAGCCACAUUAAUUUUUUAAAUGUUGGCAUUAAAAUCAACUGUUCAACGUUGAAUUGGUGCAGCUGACAGGAAAGUAUCUCAAGGAUGCAGAUGCUGAGCCAUAUAUUUUAAAAAAGGUUUUAAAAAACAGAUCCUUUCUUCCUCUAAACUUUCUCUCUAGCUGCUUUGCUCCUUUAUCAUGGAAUUAAAAAGUUGGACAAAUGAGAUUUCUUCCUUUCCUCACCCUAUCAAAACACAGCUAUUUUAGUUCUCUGCUGUUGAGAAAUGCGGAUUCCUCAGCAUCUGUUGUGGGGGAAGAAUACAGAUACAGUGGGUGACAGUAAUUCAAUCCCAUGAUGGUUUGAACAGUUUACAGUAGCUGCCUGGGUUUGUAUUUUAUAUAUUUAUGCUAGUUAUUUAUACAAAGUGAUUAAUACUAUUGCCCUAUUAUGUUUUAGUCAAUUAAUAAAACCAUUCUCUAGGCCUUUGUGGGCCACUGCCUGCAGCUCAAGGUUGGUUUCUGAUGGAGUUCUAUCCCAUAAAAUGUUGUUUACAUGUAACUGAAACAGUCUGACUGAAUGCUAAAUAUGUGUAAUACAGCGACUCCAACAGUGAA